AUGGAGGAACUGGCCCGGGAGAGCAUCAGCCUGCUGGCCCGCUCAGCGUCCCAUUCGGACCCGCCUCGGCUUGGCUCAUUCGGUGCUGUGUUCAUCAUGCUGAAGUCGGCCCUUGGAGCUGGACUGCUCAACUUUCCCUGGGCCUUCGAGAAGGCGGGAGGAGUGACCACCGCCAUCAGUGUGGAGCUGGUAUCUCUGGUAUUCCUCAUCAGCGGUCUGGUCAUCCUCGGCUACGCGUCGUCUGUCAGCAGGCAGAAGACGUAUCAGGAUGUGGUGAGGGAGGUGUGUGGACAAGCCGUGGGACAACUCUGCGAGGUCUGUUUCUGCUUCAACCUCUUCAUGAUCAGUGUCGCCUUCCUGGUGGUGGUGCAGGACCAGCUGGAGAAACUGUGUGUUUCUUUGUAUGAGACGGUGACCGGGUUCAGUGAGGGGGAGAUGCCCUAUCACUGGUACACUGACCAGCGUUUUGCCCUCUUCAUCAUGUGCCUCGUCAUCAUCCUGCCGCUGUCCAUCCCCAAAGAGAUCGGCAUCCAGAAAUACACAAGUGUGUUGGGGACGCUGGCUGCUACGUAUCUGUGUGUGGCAGUGAUUGUCAAAUAUUACCUGAUGGAAAGCCACACUGCCAUAAUAACUCCAGAGCAGAGCCAAGGUGUGAGUUCAUGGGCGUCAGUGUUCAGUGUCGUACCAACCAUUUGCUUUGGCUUCCAGUGCCAUGAAGCCUGUAUAGCAAUCUACAGCAGCAUGGAGAACCAGAAGAUCUCCCACUGGGUGGUCAUCUCUGUGCUCUCUAUGCUCUUCUGUUUACUCAUCUACACUCUAACCGGUGUUUAUGGCUUCAUGACGUUUGGCCGAGCUGUCGCCUCAGACAUUCUGAUGUCUUAUCCAGGAAAUGAUGUGGUUAUGAUAAUUUCCAGACUACUUUUUGGAUUUUCAAUCGUCACCAUCUAUCCUAUCAUUCUUCUUCUGGGGCGGUCCGUUGUCCUGAACCUGAUGUUGCGAGUUCAAAGACGUCGCAGAGGAAUCGCCACUCAUUUGUUUGAGAGUCGCUGCAGAGUCGUCCUGACUGUGAUCUGGAUCAGUUUAACUCUUCUUAUUGCUAUGUUUGUCCCUGACAUGGGGCAGGUCAUCAGUGUCAUUGGAGGAAUCAGCGCCUUCUUUAUCUAUAUCUUUCCAGGUCUUUGCUUAAUGUUCAUAAUGCAAACUGAGAACGUCUCUCCAAGAGUCAGGGAUGUUUUAACCGUUUGGGGAGUCGUAACAAUCGUAGUUGGAGCCUUCAUCUUUGGACAGAGCACAACCAUCGCUGUGAUGGAGAUUUUCCAGAACAUCUAAACUUUUAGCCACCAUUAUCACCACUACCUGCAGCAGCUGCUUCACUGUGACGCUCAUCUCUUUUACACAACUGAAUCUUGCAAUUUGUACAGGUGGUUUUUAGUUGUAUGUGUAUGUGGCCAUCUACGGCCAGAUAGUAAAUAUAUUCAUGAUGCCAGAAUGUGUUAUUGUCGUGUGUGCAUUCUCAUUGUUUAGUGUGUACAGAAGGAACACAUUUAAUUUAGAAUAUGCUGUAUAGGCUUCUUUUAUCAAUAAUAUACCUACAGUAUGUGUCCAUUUGAGCCUUCAUUUGUGCCUUGACACUACCAGGGGGCAGUGUUGCGCCAUGCAGGAAUUAUUUAUUUAUAUGUGUAGCUUCCAUUGACUGCACAUUGACAACACAGAUAAGAGAAAAACGGUUCUUAUCAUUUUUUUUCUGGUCCCGGCGACAAUCUUGGCACGAUCAUGGCACGUUUUAAAUGAACCG